AUGGGCGACACCUGUGCGAUGGGCCCCGUGGAGGGCGCCCCGCGAUCCCCGUUUGAGAUGAUCGCGGUCGACAAGGCGCAGAAGAUCAUCCUGUCGCGCACGGAGCCCCUGCCCGCGACGACGCGCCCGCUGGAGGCCGUGGCGGGGUGCGUGGCGGCAGGCGACGUCGCCGCGCGCGAAGACCUGCCGCAGUACCCGACGUCGAUCAAGGACGGGUACGCCGUGGUCGCCGCCGACGGCCCGGGCGAGUACCCCGUCGUCGCGGAGGUCCGCGCCGGCGCCGGGACCGGCCACCGCAUCGCGCCCGGCCAGGUCGCCUACAUCACCACGGGCAGCCCGCUCCCCGAAGGUGCGGACGCCGUCGUGAUGGUCGAGCAGUCCGUCAAGCUCGACGCGGGCGCGGACGGCGUCCCCCGCGUGCGGAUUGCCAGCGCUGCCACGCCCGGGCUCGACGUGCGGCAAGUGGGCGGCGACAUGGCCGCGGGAACGACCGUGCUGUGCGCUGGGGAGUACAUUGGAGCGCCCGAGGUGGGGAUCCUCGCGACGGUGGGCGCGGUGCAGGUGCCGGUCCACAGCGCCCCGAGCGUCGCGGUGCUGUCCACGGGCGACGAGGUCGUCGACCCGUCGGCCACGGAGCUCAAGCCCGGGCAGGUGCGCGACUCGAACCGCGCGCUCCUCGUGGCGCUCCUGAAGCAGUCCGGCGCGCACAUCUCGGACCUCGGAAUCGCCGCAGACACACUCCAGGGCCUCAUCGACACCCUCAAGGGCGCUAUCGCCGGCGGCGCGCACGUCGUCGUGACCUCCGGCGGCGUGUCGAUGGGCGACCGCGACUACGUCAAGGCAGCGCUGGACGCCCUGGGCGGCACGAUCCACUUCGGCCGCGUCCUCAUGAAGCCCGGGAAGCCCCUCGUGUACGCCACGAUCCCCGGCGGCACGCACGGCGCGCCCGUCCACUUCUUCGGCCUCCCGGGGAACCCCGUGUCGUCGUUCGUCACGUUCCACCUCGCCGUCGCGCCGUGCCUGAAGAAGCUCGCGGGGUUCGGGCGCGCCAAGGGCGACGCCGCGUGCACGCUGCCGCGCGUGCGGGUGAAGCUCGGGUUCACGGCGAAGCUCGACCCCGAGCGCCCGGAGUACCACCGUGCGGGGUUGACGUUCGACGCCGAGGGGGGGUGUUUUGUGGCGCACACGACGGGCGGGCAGGCGUCGUCGCGGCUGCUGAGCGUGCGGUCCGCGUCGGCGCUGCUGGUGAUGCCGCAGCGCGCGGGCACGCUCCCGGAGGGGGAGUGGGUGGACGCGCUGCUUCUGCACGGGCCGACGCUCAUGUGA